GUCCCAGGAGGCAAAUGUGUGUUCUGGGGACAUUUCUUCUCAGACUUUUCUCUGUGGGUGCUCUGUAACUGUGGAUUACCUUCCCUUUGAGACUUCAUUGGCCUCUGUCCUCCCACCCAUUCACCUUUCUUUCUAGGCUGGCCACCAGUUAUGUUAUCUAACUCAAAACUCAAGUCUGUUCUGAGUCUCUGGCACAUUAGGCAGAAUCUGUGGUGUGUAAUAUAUGAAGGAAUGACAUGGUGAGCACCAUGUCUCAUCUCAUUUGAUUUCUCCACUUCAGUGGAUCCAGUCCCCAGUUAUGUGCCAGCUCUUCUGUUAAGAGUACGCCAACCACCUCAGGCAACACAUGCUAAGGGACAGUGACUGCAGCUUCCUAGGUGUUCCUCCUGGUCGUCCUCUUGCAUUGGAAGACAAAUGUUGGCCUGUCCCAAACUCUCAGAACUAGCCAUUACAGAAAUAAAAUUCAGUAAUGAAAGAAGCCAGCCCAAUUGGCUUCUGUGCAUGGAAUGGUGAGGGUGCCAUCUUGUCCUUUGUCUUGGGCAGAAAAAUGUUUUGAAUUGGCUCUGGAGCAGCUGUGAUCGUGUAGUGGUUAGUGCUCUGCAUUGUGGAUUGGCCCUGGAGCCUGCUCAUAUACCAAACCAGUGGUUUUCAGGAGUAAUGAGUUGUCCUGCCAAUUUGCAACAGAGAAUGAAUUUCCUUAGCUCCUUAACUCUCGGCUAAUUGCCUUCAUUUGCCUGUCUCCUCCCUUCCACCUCAUAUAUUGGUGGGACAUAGCCUUUAGCUAGUGCGAUUAUAAUUUAUCUAGGAGGACUUGGGUGUUAUUUUUCAGGUGCAAGGUAAUAAUACCAGCUCCAAAUUGAAAAGUACCCAUUUAUGUCGGUAGUGGUGGUGAUGCAGAUCCAAAGAUGGGUGGAGGGUUCUCAGCAUGUAUGAACUGGAGUGUACUAGUCAUUGUGUUUCUAAGAUGUGUGAAGCAACAGCUCAAGAUUCCACUGGGUCACCCAGCAACUUUAAUUCAGUGGUAGUCAAUGUGGUGGGACGCGGGUGGCGCUGUGGGUAAAACCUCAGUGCCUAGGACUUGCCGAUCGCAUGGUCAGCGGUUCGAAUCCCCUCGGCGCGGUGCGCUCCCGUUGUUCGGUCCCAGCGCCUGCCAACCUAGCAGUUCGAAAGCACCCCCAGGUGCAAGUAGAUAAAUAGGGACCGCUUACCAGCGGGAAGGUAAACGGCGUUCUGUGUGCUGCGUUGGCUCGCCAGAUGCAGCUUGUCACACUGGCCACAUGACCCGGAAGUGUCUCCGGACAGCGCUGGCUCCCGGCCUAUAGAGUGAGAUGAGCGCACAACCCUAGAGUCUGGCAAGACUGGCCCGUACGGGCAGGGGUACCUUUACCUUUACCUUAGUCAAUGUGGCAUCCUCCAAAUAUUGUUGGGCUACACCUCUCAUCAGCCCUAGAUGAUACGACCAAUGCCACGGACGGUGCAAGCUGGAGUCCAACAUCUGGAGGGCACAGGAUCAGUUGCCCCUACUCUAAACCCUAAGGAAUAUGCAAGCCUUGUGAACAACUAACCUUUUCAUAUGACUGCAAAUAAUUUCAUAGUGAAUUGCUUUGUUGUCAGCCUCCAGACUCACAGAAAGGCUAUAAGCAGCAGAUUAUCAGAUUUGCAGAGGAACAGCCUCUUGGAUCCAAAGUUGCAGGGAGGUCCUAGAAGUAACAUGUAGAAGAAAGGAAUGUAGCACAUUUUUCACAGCCAAUGUGAAAUGAUAUUAAGGUGGCAAGUGUUGUGGGAAGAGCUUUAGUCUGAAAGCCAUAGCCAGGGAUAUCCAAAAGCUGAAAUAUGUUUAGAUUGUACUUAAGAAAACUUCAUUCCCAGGAAGUUUGUCCCAUUGGACUCUGAACUGUAUGAAGGAUUACCUACAGAGUACUACUGUUUCAGGGAUAUAGAGCUGGAAGUAGAGCGCUCUAGUUUUGUGGUGUUCAAAGUAAUUUUUCCCUCCUCCUUUCCUUUCCACCACAAGGAAAGUCAUGUUUCAGUCUAAGUGCAGAGGGAAUCAAUCAUUCAAUGCCUGUAUAGAUCAUGAAUCAAAACCGUUUUGCUAUUGAAGACUAUGGGUGACCGGCUGGUCCUUGAAUUAGUUGCAUGUUAGUUAAUAUCAUUGGGGGAAAGUCACCUUGCGAUGGUCUGAACUGAACCCCUGGUGAUAAUGCCAUUAUCUCAUGAUAGUGCCGUUUCUCUAAAGAAAGAGUUUCAGCCAUUGGAGAGUGUUGCAUUUUAGACUGUGAAGAAUAUGCUUGCUGGAGCUUGCUAUUUCAUUCUCAUGGACCUCAAAGGUCAUCCAGUCCAAACCACAGCCGAGGCAGAUUGUCAGGAAGGUUUGCUGAUGUUGUUACUGUUUUUAUAGUCGCACCAGUGUUUAUGAUCUCUCUGGAUUCUUUCUUUUUCAGAUGUCGGUCUCGGAUUCUGUGCUCUCCUUCUAUCAAAUGGUUUCCCGUAGAAAAAGAAUAACAGCCGGUGCCUGUAGAGAAUCGAAUUUGCGUCGCUGCCUUUCCACCUCGGACUUAGUGGCUCUGGGUGUGGGCAGUACGUUGGGUGCAGGGGUGUAUCUCUUGGCAGGGGAAGUAGCCAAGACCAGCGCGGGCCCCAGUAUCAUCAUUUCCUUUCUGAUUGCUGCUCUGGUGUCCAUCCUGGCAGGACUGUGUUACGCUGAGUUUGGAGCCCGGGUGCCUUUGACCGGAUCAGCUUAUCUCUACAGCUACGUAACAGUAGGAGAGCUGUGGGCAUUCGUCACCGGUUGGAACCUGCUGCUCUCCUAUAUAAUUGGUAUAAACAAGUUUUGGGCUUCUGGGUUUUGACAUCUACCGUGUGGUUUCAUUGAUAAGCCAAAGAGAUGGGCCUAAGAAAUAAUAACUAGGCAGGCAGACCUUUUUUUAAAAAAGUUGAUGUGAGUUGAAUUUGUAGCUCAGAGCAUGUGUUAUGCAUGCAAAAGGUUCCAGGUUCAGACUCUGGUAUUUCCAGUAGGGUUGUGAAAGGUCCCAUUCUUAAUCCCUGGAGCACUGUUGACAGUCGGAGAAGGGUCUAAGGCAGCUUCAUGUGAAUGGUUCCAACAACCACAUCCACGCAUGCCCGUCUCAUCAUUCGAAAACUUGGGUGGCAUUCAACUAACUUUUUCUAUUAGUGCAAGGAUUAGUGCUAGGGCAAGGGGAUGUGUGCCACCACACUAUCCCCAGAUCUUCUCUGGAGGCUUGGGAGAACCCGCAGAACAAAUUCAGGGGAGAGAACCAGAGAACGUUCUGCUGCAGAAGGAGAAAUCCUUGCACUGACGGACUGUUCACUUAAGCACAAUGUUGAACGCAACCCCCUGACUACAUACAGUGUGGAUGGAAACAAAUGCUGCAUCUCCUGUCAAGAAAUGAUCCCCUAUUUCUUUUGGGCCUCAGUGUAUUUAGUCUGCAGUUUUUCAGCGAUGUGAUGGGCACAAGAACUUCCACUACCAAUCGUUGGCAGCCAGUCAUUUAUUCAUUUGAAAUAAUGAUUAGCACAAAACCAUGAAGAAUCCAUAUGUGAAUACAAAAUGGCAGUAGAAGAGAAUAGGUUAGUAUAUACUUAUUUAAGAUGACCACUCUCCAAUGUGAUACAGUGACAGGACAUCUCUCAUUGAAAGGUUUUUUUUUAUUACUGCAAAUAAUGUGGUCAUUUAAGACACAUAUUUAUCUGGCACAUUUUGUAACCUGCCCUGACCCAAUGAAGGUCAGUAUAGAAAUGUUUUGAAUGAUAAAAAAAAAAUCCUAUCAAUGUCUGAUAGCUAAAAGUUGCUGCUCAUUUGACUUCUAAGGGAUCUGUCCAUGGGAAUCUUAUAUGAUAGGAAAGCUUCCACUGCAAGUUCAAAUCACGGUGGGUGCAUCAUUCCCAAUUUACAAAAAGUGGGUUGAGAGAUAAUACACUUAAGCUUUUUAUUUUAUACUUGUUAUUUGGUAUAACAUAGGUGAUGUGUCGUCGGGACUGUCAAAAAUUCAGUGUUCCCUAUAAAAGCAGGAUGAGCAUAAAAACUGCCCCCCCCCAAUAAACUGAGAUGAAAAGACAGAAUGAGGGAAAAGAAUUAUGCAGCCAAGGGGUGAAAUGGGCGAGCACGGAGGCCAGAAGAAAGACAUGCUUUUUGUAGUGUCAUAUAUAAUGUAUGUGCUGCCCACACAGCAGUUUAAGGCUGACAUACUUCCUUUGAAAGAGAGUGCUAAAAGGGCACAGCUUCAUAGUACACAAUGGACAUCUUAUACCUGAGAAUGCUGCUGUUUCGCAUGGACCAUCAGAGGUCCAUAAGCCUUGAAAAGCUAAUACUUUAUACCUGUGUACAUAGAACAGCACCCAGGGCCCUGCAAUAUCCCUCAUUUUUAAGGCUCGAUGUACUGUACCCAUAUUUGGCAGUGUUCUCUUUAAACUGGCUGAUUCUCUACAGGUACCUCCAGUGUAGCCAGAGCAUGGAGUGCUACUUUCGAUGAGCUCCUGGGCAAACGGAUCGGCACCUUUUUCAGUACCCAUAUGGCCAUGACCUCUCCGGGACUAGCUGAAUACCCUGAUAUCUUUGCUGUUUGCCUCAUUGUCCUACUAACAGGUAUGUUUGUACUGAUUUUUUUUUUUUAACUAUUGUAAGGCUCCUUGAAACCCACCCUGCACCAAUUUUAUUGGAGAUUGCCCAUUAAAUUUUAUACAUGCAAGGAGUUUUUCCCUUCCCACCAUGGACUUAAUGCAACUCUGACAAAUUGGUUUUGAAUAAUACUAGCAUCUCAGUAUAGUUUCCAAACCCUGUAAUUGUCACCCACAGUAGGGUCGGAGGAGAAAUUAACUUUGGUUUGCAUACCUAAUUCACAUUUUCAGAAACAAUAAGCCCAAUUCUGAAACAAUACCCAAUUUGCACGUUCUGAAGCCAUUCAUGAGCACAGCAAUCCUUUGAAAUUCACACUUAUCCAAAUUUUGCAGUGCGGUCUUCCAGCCAAGUAAUGUGAAGAACAAAGUGUGUAUAAAUGCAUACGCAUGAAUGGCAAUAACAUCCAAGAUGCAUUAUAUAUGGGGAAAUUGCCUUGCAAAAAGGUAAAAUUGCAUAUAAAAAUGUUUAUAGUAGGAAAAAUUCUCGCAGAAAUGCUUAUUAAUUUUCCUGAGAAUUUCUUCUUAAAAGACAUAUGCAAACUUGCGGGAACGUGGCAAACUGAAUUUAAGAUUGAAAAAAUGAGAAACUGAGAGAAACCAAAACUGGCCUAUUCACCCAUCCCUACCGACAGGUCUUUUGCAUUUACUCUGUUGCUGUCUUUCUUGUUUCUGCUGGACUUGCCACUUGUUCUUUAACAGUUCUCCAUGGUUUCAAGCUAGGGUCUUUCUCAGCCUUACCUGAGCUUGCCAAGAAUUGAACAUGGGACCUUCUUCAUGCAAAGUCCAGUAGUAAAGGACUAGAGGACAUGCUUUGUGGAGCCAGUGUGGUGUUAAGAGCGGUAGACUCGUAAUCUGGUGAACCGGGUUUGCGUCUCCGCUCCUCUACAUGCAGCUGCUGGGUGACCUUGGGCUAGUCACACUUCUUUGAAGUCUCUCAGCCCCAUUCACCUCACAGAGUGUUUGUUGUGGGGAAGGAAGGGAAAGGAGAAUAUUAGCCGCUUUGAGACUCCUUCAGGUAGUGAUAAAGUGGGAUGUCAAAUCCAAAACUCUUCUCUUCUUCUUUCCAUGCAGAAGGUCCAAUAUUCAAUUCUUGGUAAGUUCAGGUAAGGCCUGCUCUCAGAUUUUCCAUAUGGUACCAGCAAUUGCUCGUAUCUACUGUACUUUGCAAAGGACACUGCCUCAGGCCUCCAUCCAUAAUAGUUGUGAGGCCCAAGCAAUGAGACAUUGUAUCCAUUGACUCCUUAGGUCUCCUCUCAGUUGGGGUAAAAGAAUCCACCACAGUGAAUAAAGUCUUCACAGCUGUCAAUGUGCUUGUCCUUCUAUUCAUUAUAAUCAGUGGAUUCAUCAAAGGGGACCUGAAGAAUUGGAAGAUGAGCAAGAAUGAUCUGAUAAUGACUGCUGCCCUCAGAUUUAGGUAAGAGAAUGGCUACACAAGCUCUUGGGCUGCAGUAAACACAGGCCACGCAGGUUAUAUUUCUACAGCGGUUACAAAUUAUUUAAAUAUCUAUUUGCUGUCCUUUCAUGAAAUCCCCAAACAGCUACCUGACUUUGCCUAAUGGUAGGACGGAUCCAUGGCCACCUACCAUUUUCCUGCCUCCUUUGCUGUACUUGUCUACCAACUAUAUCCAAUCAGAUCCUCCUGACAUUGACUUCCUUUAUGUCACCUUCCUUGACAGGAACCAAUCUGACAAUGGAACUUGGGACUUUGGGGCUGGAGGGUUCAUGCCCUAUGGCUUCAGUGGGACCUUAGCUGGAGCUGCUACCUGCUUCUAUGCUUUCAUUGGGUUUGACUGCAUUGCGACUACAGGUAAGCAAGAAAGAAGACAAUUACAAAAUGUCCAUGAUUGAUAACUGCAUCUGGCAGCUAAUAAAGAAAGGAGAAAAUAUCUAUUCACCUCACAAGGGAGCCAUUUGUUAUUAAAGCUCUCCUGUGUCCAAUUCCCCUCCUAAGAGGAGUGGAAUGUGUUGUGACUUAGGCAUUGCUGUUGUUGGAACAGAAACCCAUAGGCAAUCCUUUUGGAAUAACCAGAGCACCAUGUAAAUCUUUGCUUAAUCUCUAUAGUGACAGGGUAACCAUACGAGACAAUGUGUGGAUUUCAGAAUGGUGUGACUUCUUGUGUUUAUGUUUACCAGGGGAAGAAGUAAAGAACCCCACAAAAGCCAUCCCAAUGGGGAUUGUUCUCUCUCUGCUCAUCUGCUUCUUAGCCUAUUCCGGUGUUUCAGCUGCCUUGACCCUGAUGAUGCCUUACCACCUUUUGGACACCAUGAGCCCUCUGCCAGUGGCUUUCGAAUACAAUGGAUGGAGCAUGGCCAAAUAUGCUGUGGCUGUGGGGUCUCUCUGUGCUCUGACCACCAGGUAAGGACAGGAUGUGCAAUUUUCCCCAUGCUUGCAUUUUAAGGAUAUAAGAAGAGUGUUGCUGGAUCAGACCAAGGGUCCAUCUAGCCCAGCAGUCUGUUUCCAGCAGAGGCCAGAGAGAUGCUUCCAGGAAGCUCAUAUACAGAGCAUAGAAGCAACAUCCCUCUUCCCCACUGUUUGCUCCCCAAUUAGUGAUAUUUAGAGGUUCUGUUUAUCUAACAUGAUACUAAUUGACCUUGAUAGACUGGUGUUCUAUGAAGUCAUCUAAUUCACUUCCAGGGCUGUCACUGUAUCCUGCGGCAGUAAGUUUUAUAAAUUAAUGGUACCUUUUGUACCUUUUGGAUCAGUGUAAUUAGCUGACCCCACACUCUAGUAUUAUAAAGGGAAAACACAGUAAUUUUCCCUCUCUCAUUCCCCCCCUAUAAUUCAUAAUUUUAUAAAACUCUACUAUCAUGUCUGCCCUUGGAUCCUCUUUCUUCAAAGCUCUGGUCCUCUGGGUCAUAAAGAUUUCCAUUUAUGAUGAUGACAAUCAUAACAUCACUUUGUGUGUCAGGCAUGUUUUGUGCACCAGCUACCAAGGUGCAAACGUGAUUUCACUCAUGAGCAGAGAUGGAGCUUUGGGGUACAAUGACCUCAAGAUCUACACCGCUCUGAUAAUAGCAAUUAAUAGUUUUAAGACUCAUUUCAGCUGAAGCACUAGGUAGAUCCUGGAAAUUUGUACUAUAUGCUUUAUAAAGGUCUGCUUUAUUGUGUGUAAUGCAAGGUCUCUUGUACAUCUUGUUGUACAAGAGUCGGGUAAAGGAAAGAAAGAAGGGGCUAUGAUCUUGAGAAUUUUCUUCACUUUCUUGGCCUUCUUGUGUAGCUUGCUAGGUUCUAUGUUCCCGAUGCCACGGAUUUUGUUUGCUAUGGCCAGGGAUGGACUCCUCUUCCAAUCUUUGGCCAAAGUGAGCAGCCGACAGAGCCCAGUGAUUGCAACUUUGGUGUCUGGAGCUGUCGCAGGUAUGCAUGGAAAAAGGCUCUAACAUUGACUAGACCUCAGAAUGAACCUGCCAGUAGACACUGGACUAAGAAUCCUGCUUUGGACUUGAUCUAGUUUAAAUAUGAAAUAAGGAACCUAAGAAGACCCCUGCUGGGUCAUAUUUGGGUGCACACAUAAUCCAAAGCAAGUAUGGUCAACAUUGUGUCCCCCAGAUGUUGUUGGACUCCAAUUCCCAUCAGCACCAUUCACCAUGGUCAAUUGUCAGGGAUGAUGGGAUUUGGAGUCAAUAAACAUCUGGAAGGCGCCAUGUUGGUUUUCCCUGCUUGAAAGCAAUACUAGUUGCUUUAAAAAAAUGUUUGGAAACGGGACAUUAGGCUAGCAUUUCAUCGUAGAGCAGGUCAGCCUGUGGGACUGAAUGUUAGACUGCAAGAGUUCCUUGACCUUCCCCAUGCCAGAAGCAGGUGGAUUCCAAGGUGUAUCUCCAUAUGCUUGUAAAAUGCAAGCUUUUCAUUAGUGACUAGGGCCUGUUCCCCUGCUUGCUUUGCUCACCAGCAUUAUCUAUUCCCACAACCCACCAACCCUCCCACCUCAACCCCUUCCUCCUACCUUCAAACUUGGCCAACUUCUCCUGCCGCUAUACCUAAACAACUCCCAUCCACCCCAGGCAUAAUUCCUCGCCUCUCCUUGAUCACAUUUCCAUCCUCUGGGUCCCUCUUCCUCACCUUGCCUUGGCUGCCUCCUGCUCACCUGCCUGCAUCGCCAUCCUCUGGUUCCAUCCUUCUCUCCUUGCCCUGCAUAUCUGUCCUCUGGAUCCCUCCUCCUCUCUUCUCCUUUCUUGCUCCACCUGCCUGCCUGAUGGUCUGGCAGCUCAUCACACUGAAGUUCGCAGUGCCGCUUGUCUGUGACUUCCUUAUAAUUUUAUAUAUUAGAGAGAAACAGAAAGAGACUCCAGCCAUGGAGCCCUUCUCCUCAUGAAGAAUGAAUCCAUUGAGCCAUUUUUGUGGUUCCUUUCUAAUAUUGUCUUGGAUUGAAUGUGGACAAGGUAAAGCAAUCAUUUAAAUGCUCCAUGUUAUAACCUCAUAUCUCAGUUUCAAGGAGACUGCAUUGGAGUGCCAAACUGGACACAUGAGAGACCACUUAGGUGUACCUUCCACAUUUAGCUUGAUGAAAUGUUAUAGCUGACAAAAAAGUCACUAUGGAUAGAUGUCUUUUCUUUUUCUCUCUUUUUUUCUAAACAAGAUUAUGUAAAUUGCCCCUCUGUCAGGAUGCUGUCAGCGGCUCCCAGCUGGUUGCCCAGGAAGUAUAAAGACAAGGAAAAGUUUCUUACUGUCCUUUUUUAUUCAGUAUUUACAGAGAGAGGCUAUAGAACCCAGCCUCUUGGAUAGUGGUGAUGUCCUGAGUAAAUCCCCACUCCCCGUCUCUCCCACUUCCUCAUUCGUCACUUCUACGGUUGCUGCUAUGUGCCCUUUGUCUUUGAGCUUGUUGCUCUCCUACUUUUAAGGCUCGCCGGGUUCUGGGAGAGGGAGGGGCUGGGAUGCUUUCUAAUGAUACCGUGUCAGCCAGCUGCUGUUCCGAUUGUGCCUCCUCCUCCUCCUCUCCCAUUAUUUCCCAACUUCCCCCCUCAUCUGCCUCUGAGCUAUGACGUUCCAGAAACCACUGUUGUAAAUCUAUACUGUCUUCCUCUUCUUCCUCCCUGGGAGGGUCAGGAUGGGGAGGCGGUCUCCACCAUUUCUCCUCUGCCCAGUCCCUGACACCCUCGUUGAAAGGAGGUCCCCAGACCUGUACUCUCCUUGACGGGAGGGAAGCUCGCUGGGAAAGGGUUUCUGCAGGAGACCAAAUCUUCAUCUACAAGGCUACAAGAAUUAGCAGAAAAUAUUUGGUGGUGUUUUUUACAGGCCCUCUUCCUUCUUCUCACAGGUUUAAUGGCUUUCCUUUUUGAUCUGAGGGCCUUGAUUGAUAUGAUGUCCAUUGGGACAUUGCUGGCCUACACACUAGUAGCUGUCUGUGUUCUUCUCCUCAGGUAAUGAGUUGUUCGUUAUUUAUUUCUCUUUGAUGCAGAUAUGCAGUGCUCAUCAUGACAACAUCCCAUGUAAUAUAAAUGUCAUUCUAGAGAAGUAGCUUCAUUGGUCUGUUUUACUUAAAAAAAAAAGACUCUCCACCUAUUGUAGAAUAAAUAAAACACCUUCUGGAGCUGGCUUCUGAGGUAGCUAUGGAGAAAAUGGAAGCAGGGCAGUCUUUAUUCCAGAUUAGUUAAUCUAGAAUACAUGUCUGUGGCUCUUUCCAUUAUCAACACUGUCUGCACUCACCACUGGCAUGAGAUCUCCAACAGGCUACCCCUGAUGAAAUGCAGGGGAAAUAAAAAUUGGCUGGGUAGAAUUUAAAACUAUGCUAGACUAACUUCUAUUUUACACAUUUUAAACAGCCAUGGCAUUAAUCCAGGGCAGGCCCUUGCCAUACUGACAGUGAUGCAAUUAUUUAGCAGCUGUUUAGUCUGCUUUGUAACAAUUAUCUCCUUGAAACUAGUAAAAUAUCAGUGGGAACAGCCUUUGGAUUUCUCAACCACAUGCACAAGUAAAUGAUAAAAGAAGAAAGAACAAUUCAUCAUAAAAGAGAUUAUUCAAUCGCAAGGCACAGUCUGCAAGGCCUCCUUUCGCAUCUCUUUGUUCAGAAUCUUGUUGAAUGUGAGUGAAUGUCAUCGUUACCUUCUCUGAGGCUUUCUUUGAGCUGGACAUUCUUGGAAAGCUUGCACUGCCAAGACCUUCUACUGUCAGCUAGUGACGCUGCAGAUUCCACUGACAAAGCAAUCUGGACGAAAGGCAGAUACUAACUGAUGUGUUCAUUGAUGUUUAACUUGCUUUGCAGGUACCAACCUGAUCCCAGCUCCCUUGGCCCACCAGAAAAGAAAGGUCCAAGCAGAAUACCUUGGGUGGACCUCCUCAUCCAUCCUCAGAUGAUCCCGAACCACAGCUCCUCCACACUAGUGUCCCAUUCUGUGCUUGUCAUUGGUGAGUACUGGAGCAUCAGCUGGAGGGGGGAAUGCAGUUUGCAUUUGCAGGCAAACUUGCCUGAUUCAGGCUUUGGGAAAUGAUACUCGGCCGCUGUAAAAAUUUGCACUUCUUUGAAUUUUGCAGUGUAUACAAGUUAUGCAGUGACCAAGCAAUGUAUACAUCAAUGCAUUAGGUAAUGGAAAAUAUAAAUAUUAGGAAAAUGUGCUUUGUAAAAAAUGUGUAUAUGAGGCAACUUUGCAUUUAAAAAGGUGGUACUAUCAGAAGAAAAUUCUCACUGAAAAAUGCAGGUGAACUUUCAUGAGGGUGUAACGAAAGAAAUCACAAACUGAUGUGGAAAUUGAACUUCAGAUUGGAAAAAUAAGAAAUGAGGUCUUUAAGUUAAGGGAGCAGGAUGAAACCAAGCAAGGAGCUGUUAACUAUAAAGAAUCGCCCUGCUUAGUUAUUACAGACCUCACUUGAAACAAGCACAAAUAACCGGUUCAUAACAUUAUCCGGUCAACUGAGCCUUGCCUUUUUGAUUAGUUCUCUUCCAGUGCACUUGUUGUGGUGCAUGGGGUGGUCUUUUGUUCCAGGAAGAUGCCCCCUGCUUCCUCACAGCAUGGUUUUCAGAGUCCAUUUUCUCUCCAGCUGUCCUAGUCUGCAUCACGUGUGUGCUGAGCGCAGCAGGACUGCCAUGUUUGUUAUCUGGAGGUGCCUGGUGUGUCACCUGCCUUGUUCUCCUCUUCCUGGGGAUUCUGGUGGUGUCCCUAAUCAUCUGGAGGCAGCCGCACAGCCAGAAGACAGCAGACUUCACGGUAAGGAAGAGACUUCAUAAUUGACACUGCCUAGCAAGCCUCAUGACUAUGUUUGACGUGUUGUGAAUGUUCACGGGAAGCAUGCAUCUACCUGGGAGUAACUCAACACAUAGGAUUGCACUAUAAGGGUACGUAGAGAAAUUCCUGUCAACAGGGGGUUUUCUGUGUGGGGUGAGAUCCACUUCUUACCACCUUUGCUUCUGACCUGAGGGCUGUUUAUCUGCUCCUCAUUGUCCUCCUCUUCCCAAUGCAGCCUGUGUAUUGUGUGUGUGUGCGCGCGUGUGUGCACGCCAGCUUGCCAAUAUCCUCCUUAAAUUGUAGUAAACUGGGCACAGCAUUCCAGGUGUGGGAGUACUUUUCUCCCUGCAUGCUCUCUCAGAGUUACCAAGGGCCAUAACAGGGAAUAAUAUUCUUUUUCUAACGUUCAUGUCUAAUCUCAAAUUAUCUCUGCACUCCGUUUAGGUUCCCUGUCAGCCAUUCUUGCCCAUCCUCAGUGUCCUGGUCAAUAGCUACCUAAUGGUCCAACUCAGCGGUGACACCUGGCUUCGGUACAUGGUGUGGAUGGCUAUUGGUAAGCCUUUAAGAAAUGUGCCACAAUUCAGGGAACUUCAGGAAAUAAUAAUGAUUUGGAAAGUAAGUGUCAUCUGAAUUUAUUAUAAGGCAGUGCUACCUAGCUCUUAUCAGGACUAAUACAAGAUGGGCAUCAGGUUUGGCAGUGCCCUGGCCACCACGGUGGGUGUGUUUGGACCCCCUGGUCUUCCUUCUUUUGCCAGGAUUAGGCAGCACAGCAGCAAAGAUGCUGGUCUAGCUGCUGAACCAACCAUUGCAUUUUCUAAUAUUUUGCUCCUUCUCAUGGAAUUGGUUCAUGCAUACCUGGUGGUUACUUGAUGACUGCAGUAUCAGCACUGUACCACACCUGAGGUGGAGCCAGGCAGCAGGGUAUGUAAAUUAAAUAGCACUGAUGUGUUUAAAUGGUCCACCAUUGAUCUAAUUCUAGAGACAGAGCUUUCACAUCACACUGCAUUGCCUCAAAUGCAGUGCUUUUCAACAGAGACAGUUCAGAUGUUCAACAAGGCAUGUCAGUCAGCAAGCGCCGAGUAACUAAGAGAAAUCAAAUUAAAUCCAUGGAUGUGUGAAUGAGUUCGUGAAGGAAUUUGUGCCUAGAAUAUUACAGUUACAGAAGAGCAUUUCAUCUAUAGGCUAAAUCAGGGGUAGCCAACAGGGUGCCUUCCAGACUUUGUAGACUACAACUCCCAUAAUCCCCUGGCAUUGCCCAUGCUGGUGGGGAUGGUGGGAGUUGUAGUCCAAAACAUCCGUAGGGCACCAAGUUGGCUAACCUGAGCUAAAUGUCCUGAUGUGAUUUCAAAUGAAGGAGCUUUCUCUAAUACGGAUAUAUUUGUGAGGGGGAGGGUCUAUCUGGGGCAUUGUUGGUUCACCUUGUCCUCUUAUGUGCUGUAGGCUUCCUAAUUUACUUUGGCUACGGGAUCCACCACAGUGCAGAGAGAUCCAGCCACCAAGAUCCAUCCCCAGAGAAGACAAAGCAGGCAACAAGUGACAUGGAUCCAGCUGUCACCUGGGAAAAAUAGCUCUGUGGUGUGGAGCAACUAUCUUCCCUGGUGAAAGGACUUCAUAAGAAUGGGAUUUCACCCUUCCCUUAACUAUCUAUAGAUGUGUCUAUUUGUAGCACUCCAACCUGGUGCUCUCCAGAUGUUUUGGACAACAACUCCCAUCAGCUCUGGCCAGCGCAGCUAAACUUGCUGGGAUUGAUGGGAAUUGUAGUCCAAAACACCUGGAAGGUAUGAGGUUGAGGAAGGCUACUCUUGAGCGAUACAAAUAAUUGGAUACUCACAGUUAAGUAAUGCAUGCAAUUCAUAUCCAUUGGCUGAGCUGGUGUAGCAUUGUGGCUGAGUUCACCAAGCUAAGUUAAUGGAUGCAUGGAACAAGGUUCGCUGGUGCAACGGGACCUUUCCCUACCCCCUAAAUCUGCUCGGCAGAGUUUGGGGAAGCCACGGAACAGGUUUAGCAUGGACCAGGCGGAGAAGUCUCAUUGCACAAGUGGAUCUUGUUCUGUACCCCCAUUUAGCAUGGUUUUGUUAGACAAGCUACAGUUCCCACAGCUUUGCUCCUCGCCUCCCCAAAUCUGCAAUGUGGGGAUAAUGGCAAUAACAGUGGCACAUCUGGUUGUGCAGGCUUAUAAGCCAUUCGGGAAGUCUCCCUGCUGCCCAGUUGGCAUUGGCCUUCCAAGGUAUGGAGAGUAGCUGAGCUGGCAGCAGAGACACCUCUGAUGGGCCACAUCCCGUCACUCCCUCAUGUGAUUCUAAUCACAUGGGGGAAGCUGAAUAUCCAAAGGGAACUCCAUCUAGAGCCCAGCACCAAAUACACACACUUCAUAAAGGCAAUCAAAUGGAUGGCAGACCCGGCCUAUACUUGGCAACGGGUGUUUCCUAGGGCUACCACUUUCCAGUGAGGCUGAGCAAAAACCUGGCUGGACAUACUGUACCUGAAAAAGAGAAGGACCUCAUGUUCCAGAGAGGGCAAAGCUGGGCACUGUAGUUUAUCCCAAGUUCAUGCACAACAGACCUCUGUCUUCUACUGCUCGUCCAGUUUUGCUUGCUGAAAUUUGAAAUGCGCUUUAUCCCGCAGAAGUGUCUGUAAUUGUCCAUUCCUUGGGGUUUGGGAGCAAACAAUGCUAAAGUUGUGACAAACUUUGUUUAGACCAUCUGUUACAAAUUCCCCAUUUUCACUCAUCUAAAACUAAUAAAAAGGAACUUUUAUUGUUGUUA